AUCGGAGCGCACGCUUCCUGUGACAGCUCGACGCCGCAUGAUGGUGUGGAAGUUGCGCGUGGUGCGCUGCGGCUCCAUGUUUGCAGCGCGGCUCCUGAAACAGGACUGGACCUUCAGGUUGGCGGGACCUUCUCUACGACAUUACAGCACAAAGACGGCGCCUCACAUACCGGGCAUGGAGUACCAGGAUGCCAUUUGCACUCUGAACACCCUACAGACCAAUGCCAGUGCCCUGGAGCAGGUACGACGAGAGAGGAGCAACCCUCAGUUGCAGCUCCAGGCCAUGAGAGGCUUCUUGGAGCGGGCCGGUCUCACGGUGGAGAAGCUGGACCAUCUUAAUAUUAUUCAUGUGACAGGAACAAAGGGCAAGGGGUCAACAUGUGCAUUCACGGAGCAGAUUUUGAGAAGUUAUGGGUUCCGCACAGGAUUUUACAGUUCUCCACACUUGGUAGAAGUCAGGGAGAGGAUUAGAAUCAAUGGGCGGCCCAUUGGAAAAGAGCUCUUCACUAAAUACUUCUGGCAGAUUUAUGGACGAUUGGAUGAAACAAAGGAUACCCACGGAGGAACGAUGCCGGCAUACUUCCGUUUCCUCACCAUCUUGGCUUUCCAUGUGUUUCUUCAGGAGAAGGUGGAUGUGGCUGUAAUUGAAGUAGGAAUUGGUGGAGCAUAUGACUGCACCAAUAUUAUAAGGAGGCCGUGGGUGUGUGGCAUCUGUUCUUUGGGUAUAGACCACACUCAGAUUCUUGGAGACACCAUUGAAAAAAUUGCCUGGCAAAAAGGAGGCAUCUUCAAGCUGGGGGUUCCUGCCUUCACUGCCAAACAACCAGAAAAUGCAAUGGCUGUGCUCAAGGACCGGGCCACGGAGAUUAAAUGUCCUCUGUGGGUGUGUCCAGAGCUGGAGGACUAUCAGGCAGACUGUGGACCUUUGCGUCUUGGCCUGGCAGGGUUGCAUCAACACACAAACGCCUCCCUGGCCCUCCAGUUGAGUCACACUUGGCUACAGAAAAGAUGUCUUUCAGAAAAUAGCUUUCCUUCCACCAUUGCUGAGCACACAGGAGUACUUCAGGCCACUUCCUUUAAGCCCAGCCCCAUCAUGGUGAAAGGACUGGCAGAUACUGAGUGGCCAGGGAGGAAUCAGACUCUGAAACAUGGAGUAGUCACCUACUUCUUGGAUGGAGCUCACACCAUGCGCAGUAUGCAGGCCUGUGUGCAAUGGUUCAGAGAUGUUGCAGCCCAGCAUGAGAGGAAGGCAAGUGGACCUGUUGCCAGAGUUUUACUCUUCAAUGCCACAGGAGAGAGAGACUCAGCAGCCAUGCUUAAACUCCUGGUGCCAUGUCAUUUUGACUUUGCUGUGUUCUGCCCAAACAUCACUGAAGCCGUCCCUUCUUGUAAUGCAGACCAGCAGAACUUUAACGUCUCGGUGGAGAACAUGUUGACUCGCUGCCUGGACAAUGAGAGGAGUUGGCGUCUUCACCAUCGUAGUUUAGAUGAUAAAAGAUCGCAGCUGUUCAUCGAGGAAGCCCUUCCCCUGGUCCCUGAGAAGAAAACCGACACCCUGGUCUUCCCGUGCAUCCUCAGUGCCCUUCAGUGGAUUACCCAGGGCAGGGAUUCAGUGCUGACAGACACAGCAAAGAGGGUCUUAACUGUUAGACCCAGCAUCAUGGCCAAAGCUCCUCCACUCUGCAACGUAGCCGAGAUGCACAUCCUCAUCACCGGAAGCCUCCACCUAGUGGGGGGAGCACUCAGACACCUGGACCCAGCUUCCUCCAACUAAUUGGGAUCAUGUGAUCUGAGUGAAUGCAGACGGUUGAAAUAUGAGUUAUUCCUUUACUUCUACAACCUUUGCGGAAGAAAGAUCAUAUCUGUCUGUAUAGAUGAGCUUUUUGUACCUCAGGUGUUUACCUGAAUACAAAAAGCUGCACACAGUUGUCUGCUAAGAGUCAGUUAGUGUGGACAAAGGCAGCUCCAGGCUUUAAAAUAGCCCCAGCUUCACAUUGAGCCUUACAAGUGACUGCACCAACUAGUGGUCUUUUUAGUCUUACAUUAAGCAAAAUUUGUUUACAGGAAGUGCAGAGGAUACAGUCAUCUAACGUGUGUGUGUUUGCUUGUACUUGUCUCUGUGUGUGUGUGUGUGUGUGUGUGUGUGCAUGCAUGGGCGAGCGAGCUUCAGCAAUCACUGAUGCCACCUGGAUGAACCGCAGUGAUAUAAUAGGUCUUCUAUUCUAAUCACAUUUUUACCUACAACCUGAAAAUGAUACAUGGAUUUAAAUGAAAUUUUUCUGUUUACAAGUCUACAUUAUCUGUAACACUUGACCGUUAUUGUCUUUUUUUUUAUCCAAUGAAAACAAUUUUGCACGGUUUCUACCUUUGUCAAAAUUUGACAAUGUUCUUCAAACACAUGACAGACUCAUCUUGGUUAUAAAUGUAUAAAUAUUCUAACUAGUGUAACUGCCAAUCAAAUGAAGUGUAAUCUGCUUUACACUGGAAUUAUAUUUAAAUGAUCCUUAAUUUAAAUGUGUUUCAUCUGACUGCAACACAUGCACUUAUGUAGAAAUAAUGGUGAGCGAUAUGCAACAAUAUGAUGUAUAUUUAUCAUCUGGCUCCUAAUUUCAUGCACUGAAUCAGAUCUGAUAGAGAUGUUCAGCUGCAUAUGAGGUUCAACCACAUCCUGUCACCCUGUCACCAGUUAAAAAAAAAACAAAAAACGACAUGUAUCUGUCUGUCAGUAGUGAAGGUAAGAUAUCUGCUCAUAUCUUAAAUAUGAUUGAUUGUGUAAAUUGCAUACACAAUUGGUUUGGAUAUUACAUCCUAAAUAAAUCCAUCUCCCGAUGUGCUGAA